AUGUCGACAAAGGACCUUUUCCACCUUUGCAAAGAGCAGCUGAAGGAGCUGCAGAGAGAGGUGUCCAGCAUGACCAUCGUGGCGGACAUGCAGGGGGUGACCGGCCGAGAGUUCAGUCAAGAUGUGAGCUAUCGGUGGACUUAUGAGGGAACAUGCUAG